AGGAUUCAGCGAUAAAAAAAAAUUUAACAACAGAAGAAAUCCUUGAUUUACACAAUCCUGAAGUCAUGCCAGAUAGCGCACCACUAGUUGAUUACUCGGAGGAAUUAGAAAAAUAUCUGAAAGAUUCGAAUAUAAAAUGGUUUGAUUACUCGGAAUUUAGUGAACCCAAAAUAAUUGGAAGCGGUGGAUGUGCAAAUGUGUAUUCGGCUACGUUUCAGGGAAAAGAGUAUGCACUAAAAAGCCUAAAGAACAACUUCUCGCUUGAUUAUAAGCAAUUCAAACAAUUCAAGCGUGAGAUAAGUAAUGUCUUACUAUUUGGCAUCUAA